UUUAUUCCUCUUCCCUUAAUUGGUCCCAUUUCUGGGUGUAGAUAGUGAGAGGAUCUCUCCUACAAGUGAAUGAAUGCCCUGAAGAGACUGGCCCUAGUAGGGGCCUCGACCACCAAUAUCCGUUUAGGGGCAGUGGGUCUAGUGGGUGUGAGGGGGUAUUGGAACAAGGACUGGAAGCCUGGUCCUUACCCAAAGACAGAGGAGGAAAAGAGGGCUGCUGCCAAGAAGUAUAACCUCCAGCCAGAGGACUAUGAACCCUACCCAAAUGACGGUUCUGGCCUUGGUGAUUAUCCCAAGCUCCCUCAGGUGGCGAUGGAGGCGCGAGACCCAUACCAUUCGUGGGACUACCCGUCCCUGAAGUUGGACUACGGUGAGCCGGUCCCGGACAUGUUCAACAUCUACACAGAAGACCGCCUCGACGACUACACGGAACCGGUGAUCCCGGGUUGGAAGAAGGUGGCCAUGUUCCUUAGCGUUUUCUGCGGUGGCUGGAUCAUCUUCCAGUACUUCCAGGAACGACCUGCGUUCCGGGCAGUUCUCCCCAAGCAGUACCCGAAGGACGGGGCCGUGCAUUAUACAUUUGAGCCCGCCGAAUGAAGUCUAUGGUAGUUCUCAGAAGUGACAUUUUGUCGCGUUGAAACUGUGGGUCUGUGGAACUAAGUCACUCAUUGUUGGAUGAAGAAAAUGUAAUUCAAGACAGACGAUUUAUCAAAAGAAAAGCAUUCAUUCAGCACAGCUUGCUGUGAUUGUCUUCAUCCAUUCUGUUCUCAGACGUAUGGAUUUAUUGAAUUUUAUUAGCAUAAAUUUUCUGUUUUAUGUAGAAUAAUAAAUAAAACUUCAUCCUUGUAUUUAGCC